AUGGCAUAUCCAUUCCAACUAGGCUUCCAAGAUGCAACAUCACCUAUCAUAGAAGAACUCCUACACUUUCACGACCACACAUUAAUAAUUGUAUUCCUAAUUAGCUCCUUAGUUCUCUACAUUAUCACCCUAAUACUUACAACCAAACUAACACAUACUAGUACAAUAGACGCCCAAGAAGUAGAAACUGUCUGAACUAUCCUCCCAGCCAUCAUCUUAAUUUUAAUCGCCCUACCUUCCCUACGAAUCCUCUAUAUAAUAGACGAAGUCAACAACCCCUCCCUCACUGUAAAAACAAUAGGCCACCAAUGAUAUUGAAGCUAUGAGUAUACUGAUUACGAAGACCUAAGCUUUGACUCUUACAUAAUCCCAACGUCAGACCUAAAGCCAGGAGAAUUACGACUACUAGAAGUAGACAACCGAGUUGUCCUACCCAUAGAAAUAACAAUCCGAAUGCUAGUCUCAUCAGAAGACGUACUCCACUCAUGAGCCGUACCCUCUCUAGGCCUAAAAACGGACGCAAUCCCAGGACGUCUAAACCAAACAACCUUAAUAUCAACACGACCAGGCCUAUUCUACGGACAAUGCUCAGAAAUCUGUGGCUCAAACCAUAGUUUUAUACCAAUCGUCCUAGAACUAGUGCCCUUAGAAUUCUUUGAAAAAUGAUCUGCAUCAAUACUAUAA